GCAAGGGACACGCCCUAAUCACCAGUGCCCUGAUCAGCGCGUGAGCGCUUCUCGAGUUGUGAAUGGGCGCUUCCAAUCACUGUCCCCGUAGGAUCUGUGCAUGAUGUCGUUUCUGUAUGCGACGAGCGCCACUUAUCGCUGGGUCGUGAGGCGAUCGAAGUCGAGUCCGCUCUUCUUCGCUGGUGUCGCUGCCAUCUGCCUGGCGUCCGCCUUCGCCGCCGCCAAGGGCGUUCAGUCGUGGACCAACCCCAGCGACGACUCGGAGCGAGGCAAGAAGAAGGAGCGCGAGCUGCUGGCCGGUCGCCGAACCGACGCCUUGAUAUUAGCAUCAGCCAAUAAGCAGCGAGUGGAGGACAUGCUGCGAGAAAUCAAGGAGGGCAGGGACAUCAAUGACAGAUACCAGGCAGCACUUAGGGGGCAAACUCUAGUCAGACCACAAAAUCCAAGUGCUACCACUGCUCCCUCCAUCCAAUCAUCUGCUAAUGUGAAUGCUUCUGACACAUCUGCUGCGUAGGAAAGAAACCACAACGCUGCUGUGUAGGUUGCAGAUUACCUCACCUUUCUCAUGCCGUUAUGUCCCUUGCAGGCAUGCCAUGUGAGCCGGGAUGUUCCAAUUAUCUCAGUGAUUUUCACAAAUUUUGACCAGCCCAGUCCAGA